AUGGGUACGCCGUCCGCUGGUUUGAGAUCGGGCCGUGCAUGUGGGCAGGCUAGCGGGAGCGCGCAGGCCGGCAAUGUAGCUGUUGUCACCUGCGACGUCGCCGGCGCGACAGGCCGCCGGGGCCGCCGGUUGCAGGGACGACGCAGAAGCCGCAAGCAGGGCGAGAAGCAAGCGGGGACGACGUUUGGGGGCGCCGGCGAAGCAGAAGAAGGACGAGGGCGAACGAAGGCACGCGGGGCCGGCCAGGCCAGCCGGGAGGGGGCACAAGCCGCCCAAGACAGCACACGCCCACAGUACGAGGACGGCCGCCGAAGGGCAGCGGGGCCGCACAGACACGCGGACGAGGGCAGGCCCGAGGUACACGGAAACGCUCCGACACGCAAGCAGAGGGCCAGGACAGACAGCCCGCAGCAAGAGGCGGAGGGGGCGGAGCGCGGAAGACAGCGGCACGCGGGCGCCCAACGCUCGAGGAGCAGGCGAGACCGCAGCGGCGAAGCCGGAGUCCGCGGGCGGAGAAGAAGAAGCACGAGAAGAGGCGACAGCCGACGAAGACAGGACAGCCGCCGCCUCUCACGCAGAAGGCGACAGAAGGCCGACGCAGCCGAUCGGCAGCCGUCGACCGCCGGACCGAGAUCAGCCGGGCCCGCAACGCAGUCCGGAGCAAGACAGCCGCCGACGAAGCCGAGGACGAGAGGCCGCCGCGCGCCGACCGUGACAGCCGUCACACGCAGACGCCGCCGCCACCACGCCGCCCAGUCUCCGCAGCGCCGUAAGCCGCAGCCGCCGCCGCAGGCGCCCGGCGAAGACGCGGGACGCCGCCGGCAGCAGCAGAUGGGAGGGAGCCCCCCGCCCACGCAACGGCCGGACAGACAGGAGCAGCACGAAGCCGCGCCGCAGCCGGCGCCGCCUCGGCCGCCGACGGUCGCCGACACGCAGCAGAAAGGAGCCGCACGGCGAGACGAAGACGAACGCACCGAAGCGCCGCAUGCCGCCGACCGCACGACUACGAAGGGCGAACACGCGGACCGCAGGGCAGCCGCACGCCGGCGCCGCCACGACGGCCAGCAGCACAGGCGCCGCAGACGACAGCCGACGCGGGGGCCGCCCGAUCCGGGCACGCACGCCGGAGAAGAAGGGAAGGAAGCCGCAGCAGAGGGGGGAGCACCACGAAACGGAGGCCGCAGGGCAGCAGCCGCAGAAGCACGCCGACAGAGGCCGACCGAGCCGCACCGGACGGAAGCCGCCGGGGGGCGCCUUCCCGACGCCUUGGCGCCGCCCGCCGCCAGCCGCCGAGCCGCCCCUGGCUCCGCCCGCCGCCUUCCGCCAGCCUCACUCCCCGUUAAGGCCAUCGACACCACAGGCCAGAGAAGUGUCCCACGAGCUGUUUACGUGGGACCUGAAUGUCAUUUCAUUCAAGAUGGCCCUCGCCUCCAAGAAUUCGAUUGCAACUCUGCGGGAUACUUGUAUAAGUUGAAAUUGAGUUUGAAAGAGCCAGGGGAGAGAAAACCCUUGGAUUCUUGGACUUGUUCCAAAGAAGACACAGAAAACGUCCAUAUGACCAAGACAGCUGCUAAUGGAACCGAGCACACCGAGGAAUUGAACGCGCCGCCCGUGCUAAAAAGACAGGUUGUUCCUCGGUCCGUCGAACCAUUGCAAGAUUGUCGGGGUCAAUCAACUCGGAGAAUACUACAUACUGCGACGUUUGACUUCAUUUGA